AGAGAGAGAGAGAGAGAGAGAGAGAGAGAGAGAGAGAGAGAGAGGGAGAGAGAGAGACAGACAGACAGACAGACACUAACUGGAUUAAACGCUGCCAGCAGGAGCAGCAGCAGGAGGAGGACGACCAACAAACAACCUGCAACCCCCGCUGCCAGUUACCUGUGCCCCUGUGGUAAAGACGAGUUGUUAUAUCCUUCCUAAAUAAUAAUAAUAAUAAUAAAGAGUGGUUAGUUUGACUCGCCGUUGACCUCGUCUGACACAGUUGGAGACUACAGCUGCUGUCCAUCAUGGCAGGCGAUAUGAUGUUACUGAUGCGAGGCUUGGCCAAGUUGAGCCAGGCGGUUGUAGAGACUCAGAACAGCACCCUGCGCAGUGGAAUGGGAGUCCAAGGAGUUGGUGCUGCAGUCCAAAGUGUCCAAUCGGCUGCUGAGCAAGGCCUCUCUGCCGCUAUGAUGAAAGUGCAGGAGCUGUCUGGCCAGCAGCAGACCUCUUCAUCAGAGUCAGAAUUUGAUUUCCCUCAGGAUGACAGUGCAUUCGCGGCUUCAGAGUUCAAGGAGGAUGGCGUGGACUAUACAGUGGAUCACACAGGAAGUACUGGUGAUGCAGAAGCCCAGCACGGUGCAGCAGCAGGAGCGAGUGGGAAACAGUCGUUGUUUGAGGGAUACAAAGAUCCCAGCAAACAGUUUAGUGGACACACCAGAUCUUACCACCAAGAUGCAAGACAUUAUGCUGGACAUCAUCAGCUCUACAACCACAGCCUGAACAGGCAGUUGUGGGGACAGCUAUACUGUCAGAAUCAGAUCAGUCAGCUCAGGAGCUACCAUCAGGACCCGUCCACAGUUGGAGGGCUGACGGCUGAAGACAUCGAGAAAGCAAGACAGAGCAAGAGGGAUGAGAACAAACCCCACAAACAGAUGUUGAGUGAGAGAGCCAGAGAGAGGAAAGUGCCAGUGACUCGGCUUAGCAGACUGGCCAACUUUGGAGGUCUAGCUGUAGGUUUGGGUUUUGGAGCGCUGGCAGAGGUUGCCAAGAAGACCAUGAGACACAAUGGUGCGACAGGUGACAGUAAGAAAGGCGUUUUGGACUCUAGCCCCUUCCUGUCUGAGGCCAACGCUGAACGCAUCGUCAGAACUCUGUGUAAAGUCAGAGGAGCUGCAUUAAAACUGGGACAGAUGCUCAGCAUUCAAGAUGAUGCAUUCAUUAACCCUGAACUCGCCAAGGUCUUUGAGCGCGUUAGACAGAGUGCUGACUUCAUGCCAAUCAAACAAAUGACAAAAGCAUUGAACAGUGACUUGGGUCCUAACUGGAGAGACAAACUGGAGUCGUUCGAGGACCGUCCAUUUGCGGCUGCGUCCAUCGGCCAGGUUCACCUGGCGAGGAUGAAGGAUGGCAGGGAGGUGGCCAUGAAAAUACAGUACCCUGGUGUGGCUCAGAGUAUCAACAGUGACGUCAACAACUUGAUGACGGUGUUGAAAAUGAGCAAUGCCCUACCUGAAGGUCUGUUUCCAGAGCACCUGAUAGACGUGAUGAGAAGAGAGCUAGCACUGGAGUGCGAUUAUGUUAGAGAAGCCCAGUGUGCAAAGAAGUUCAAGGAGCUAUUGAAGGACCAUCCGUUCUUCUAUGUGCCAGAGGUGAUUAAGGAGCUGAGCGGUAGCCAUGUCCUAACCACAGAGCUUGUCCCUGGGUUUCCCCUGGACCAGGCUGAGAGCCUCACACAGGAGCUGAAGAACGAGAUCUGCCAGAACAUCUUGAUGUUGUGCCUCAGGGAGCUGUUUGAGUUCAGAUACAUGCAGACUGACCCCAACUGGUCCAACUUCUUCUAUGAUCCACAGACACACAGGGUGGCGCUGUUGGACUUUGGAGCCACGAGAGGAUUCGAUCAGAGUUUCACAGACGUCUACAUAGAGAUAAUCCGUUCGGCUGCCGAGGGCGACAGAGAGGGAGUUCUGAAGAAAUCUAUUGACAUGAAAUUUCUGACUGGUUAUGAGUCCAAGGCGAUGAUAAAUGCCCACGUGGAUGCAGUGAUGAUCCUUGGUGAAGCCUUCGCCUCCAUGGAGACUUUCGAAUUUGGCUCCCAGUCCACCACCCAGAGAAUCCACAACCUCAUCCCUGUGAUGCUCAAACACCGGCUGACCCCGCCUCCCGAGGAGACGUACUCGCUUCACCGCAAGAUGGGCGGCUCCUUCCUUAUCUGCUCCCGACUGAAUGCGAAGCUGCAGUGUAAGGACAUGUUCCAAAUAGCGUAUGAUAAGUAUUGGGAAGGCCGCACACCGCCCUCCCACUAAGCCACAAACCAAUCCCCAAGUGUCAGGCGAUUUGAUGGACAGAUCCUGGGGCCAACGGCAAAGUGCAAGUCAACAGUGUGAGGGUCAGGGCAGGAAGACGCAGGACUGCAGAGCUGAAGGCACCCGUCCUUAACUGGUCAGCGAGCACCAGCUUAUUUUUCCCAUUUUGGGCGACGCACUACGACGAGUUUUUGAAGGGGACUUGCGCAUAUUUACAACCACCAUUUCAUAGUUUGAAAGGGAGCAGCAAUAUUUCGAGUGCUUUAAGGCCACACUCUAAAUUUGGCCCCGAGAGGACUGAGAAGAGGUGGUAUGUGGAUGGAAGGAGAGAAACUAACAACAUUGUGUAUUCAGGUGUAAAAUGAAUGUAAAAAAAAAAAUUGGAAUUGUAUUUCUCCUCUGAUGUUUUCAAGGUGAUUCUUGCAUUUUUUUUGUGUUGCUGUGUUUUGUUGAACUUUUGGGGGAAAAAAUCACAACCAACUGUCCAGUUUGCCGUCUCCCAGAAAUGCCAAGGGUGAAUUGACUGUAUUAAAGGAAGAAGACUGAACUCUUAACCCAAAGUCAUGAAAUAAUGGGGUUAAUACAGUAUAUGGGUAGAGUAAGUCACUGACCAGGACCAACAUGUCUGGGUCACAAAUAUUUGUUUCUGUUGCUUUUCAAGGAAGUUGAAUUAGAUUUUCUGCUUGGAUAUGAAUAAUAAGGCUCGUUCUAAAUAUAGACAGCAAGAUAAUUGUAGCAGUUUUCAUAAGAACAAGAUUUGUUUUUUAGACAGAUUGAGUGUUCAAGUCAAGAUGUUGCCAAGCGAACAAGUCCAGUUGAAUUUAGCCAUUGGUAGAAAAUGUGACAAACUGGAAUUUGUCUGCAUUUACACAGAAAAAGGUCUGACUUUUAACUCGUGUAUGUGUGGUGUAUUUUCUGUAUCAGUGUAACCAUCCAGAUUAUAGUGCUGUUUAUAACUUUUAUCUUUCUGUGGCGCAGAAUGUUGAUUCAGACAGUCUGUCUCAAGUGACCAUUAACAUGACAUUCAGAAUCUGUAUGUGGUAAUGAACCUGGGGGCUAAAGCAUUAUUUUACUCAGUUUGUAUCUAUAGAGCUUCUGCUGUACAUUUUUAUCUGUUAUCUGAUGAUUUGUCUUCAAACGCUGUCCACAUGGGUCAGAUUUAGCUGAGUUCCAGUUGAUUACUUACAAUGAUGUUAGCAUUGUGGCUUCACCAUUUCUUUCUUUUAGUACCAAAGCAUGAUAUUUUUUUGGCUCUAUUCAGCUGUUAGUAGGAGAUUGUACGCACAUAUAGAAAUGAAACCAUAUGGAUCCAUGUGGCUGACUGUAAGAAGAUGAGGGCUGACAGAAAGACUUGCAUCUUUACCGGGCCCGGGCUUAAGCAUGAAUGUUAAUUAACUACCGAGAUGGAAGAAGCUCAUCCUGAUAUCGCACAAGCUCCAGCUCGUGGGCUCACCUUGCCUCCCACAAGUCUAUAAUCUCUCCACGUCUUCUCGGGUGUGAAAUCCUCUGUCACCUGGCUCGUGAGCGGCUGUGAAAGUUCUCUCUACUCUGCUGUGUGAAUGCGGUUAUAGUGGUCUCUGGAGUGAAAAAAAAAACAAGGUGCCUAUAGUUUCCAGUGGAAGGUUUUUAGCUAGAAAUCCUGACUUUGUAUUUCAUAUCAAGACUCAGUGGAAAGAUGGUUUAAAUUUUCUAAUCGAAAUGCGUUAUUUACUGAAACUUGUGAUAAAGAUAUUGUAUGAAAAGAGUAAAUGUUUGAUCUAUACUUGU